AUGAAUCGAUGCGGCGGCGGCGCGCGGAGCGGGGUGCGGGCGGCGGCGGCGGCGGCCGCUGCGUGGCGGGGUGCGCCGCGCGCCAGUCUCGUGCCGGUAGUCGGUAGUGCAGCCGAGCGACUCCGGGAGCCGUCCCCGCCGCGCCGUCGCUCGCUCGUAGUUGUAGUGCGCCUAUCGGCGCCCGAGCCCAUGGAAACCCAGAAUCAGGACGUGGCCCACAGCCCUGCUGAGGUGCCCAACGAUCCAGGGAAGAUGUUCGUCGGAGGACUCAGCUGGCAGACUAGUCCAGAGAGCCUUCGAGACUACUUUAACAAAUUCGGCGAAAUCACAGAAGUCAUGGUUAUGAAAGAUCCAACAACGAGACGGUCAAGGGGCUUUGGAUUUAUUACAUUCGGCGACGCGGCUAGUGUAGACAAAGUUUUAGCGCAAGGAACACACGAAUUAGAUGGCAAAAAGAUUGAUCCCAAAGUGGCCUUUCCCAGAAGAGCACAUCCGAAGAUGGUUACCAGGACAAAGAAAAUCUUCGUAGGAGGGCUAUCAGCACCCACAACGCUUGAAGAUGUAAAGAAUUACUUUGAACAGUUUGGACCGAUCGAAGACGCCAUGUUAAUGUUCGACAAACAAACCAAUAGGCACAGAGGUUUUGGUUUCGUCACGUUUCAAAGUGAAGAUAUUGUAGAUAAAGUGUGCGAAAUACAUUUUCACGAAAUCAACAACAAAAUGGUGGAAUGCAAAAAAGCACAACCCAAAGAAGUCAUGCUUCCAGCAAAUCUGGCGAAGACGAGAGCCGCCGGACGCGGCGCGUACGAUUUCAUGUGGUCAUUGGGUGCUCUUCCUGACGGUUUCCCCGCAGCGUACGCCGCCUACGCGGCAGGACGUAGCUAUUCGGGCUAUCCUAGCUUCGGGCUGCCAUACCCUGCAGUUGACCUGACCAACGGGCAACUCACACCGAACAACAAUACACCGCUGCUCGCGCAGGCGCUCUCAGUGAUGAACAACUAUCAGGCAGCAGCAGCUGGAUUUGGGCCGCCGGCGUCGCCGCACGGUGCCGGGGGCCGCGCCGGAUUCCCCGCUGCGAGCUCGCCGGGCCCUGCGCUCGACGUGUAUGGCUCGGCUGCAGACAGCGUCGGCUACGUCCAGGCUGCCAGUCCCCAGCCCUCCGGAUUCCCAGCGAUUGCAGUCAGCCGCGCGCCCCUCAAUUAUACCCCAGGACCCCUGAUUCCUGCGGCUUUUACCAAUGGUUAUCAUUGAAAGUGCACAAAUGUUUUACGAGGCGAGCGGUGAGGCGUCGCGUAACGUCCCCGACGCGGCCGCACUGCCCGGCCGCCACAAGACACUCUCCUCCCCCGCCCUUUCCGCCGCAGGCGCAGCCCACUAGCGCCCGCGCCGCCCGCCGCCCGCCACGCCGGCGCACGCAACGACGACGGUCGUCUAAUCCGUCCGGCCUCCGCGCGGACCGAUCCGUCGACCGCGGCGUCUCAGUCUCACCACCCCAACCCACUAUCCCUCCCCCCAAAACCCAUGACCCCGUCGCGAGGAGACCCCUGUCUAUUGUAAAUACCAAUAAUCUAACUUUUUGUCGUGUGAACGAGAGAUAGUCUAUUAUAUUAAACAGGUAUUUUUUCAAAUUUUUCUCGCUUUCAACUGUACCGUAGAUGUGUUGUCAGAAAUAAUAAACAUUAAACUACAAAAAAAAAUACAUUUCAUAAUUAUAUAAAGCAUCUAGACGAUUUAAUUGCAGGGAGGUAUCUUAAAUAUUUUAUUAAUCAUAGUUAUCUUACCAUUAUAUAAGAUAUAAUCUACUUGUGUGUCCCUCUACGCGCGCGGGACUUUUAUUUCGAUAGAGGAAGAAAUCGGUUUUCCUUGGCAUCGACGACGGCUUGAGUCACCGCUGAGCGCGUUUGCAAUAAGUACUUGGUAGGGAGGUUGCGACCUGCAGAGCAGAGCUGAGGCAGAGACGAAGCGUGCGCCGCCAGACGGGCCAGACGUUCGCCGGACGGCCAGCGCGCCGCCGGCUGGAGUGAGACAAUAACGCAGGCGCACCCGCGUACGCCGCACGCCUCCUCGCUCGUCCACCAACACAUAUUUUAUUCUAUCUAUUUUUAAUAUUAUUAAUGUCAAAUAUUAACAUAAUUAUAAUACUAUAUAUUACGCAUAUUUUACCUAUGAAUGUAAUUAUUUUUGCCUAAUUCGAUUUGUAUAAAAUCACGUCUUAACGGCUGUUCCGUUUCAGUAGCGAGCAAGUUUCUCGAUUACUUCCGUAUAUGACUAUGUUAGUUACGCGUAUAUACAUACUUUCUAAUAUUAUGUAUUAUGAUAUAAAAUUUUAUCCUAAGGAUAAUACGGUCAUAUUUACGAAUCAUAAGAACGUUUGGGAAGCUAAGUCGGAACAUUUCAGAAUAUCUCUCAUCGCGUUAAGAUAACGUUUCUAUCUUAUACCUUUGAACGUAGGUAUUGUAAUUAUAUAAUAACAAUUUUGUGCAUUACGUAAUAAAUAUUUCAUUGUUUCUUACGAUUGUAUUUACCGUAAUUUAAGACCACUGUUGAAAAAAUUAAGAGGCUCCAUUUUGGAUGCGGAGUUACACAGUACUUAGUUGUAUUUAAAUUUUAAUCAAGUAAUAAAUAUAACCAGUAAACUUUCAUACAGACAGUAUAAACACAACACAAACAUUUCAAUAAACUAAAGACAGGGAUAUUAAAAAAUACAGCCAAAGGCGCAGGUUUGAGCUAAUAGUAUAAAUUAUGAAGUCAAUUCAUUAAUCAUAUUCGAUAAGUACUGAGUACUGGCGACAUUUAUCGACCACUGUCUAGUUUGCAAUAUUAGCAGAGGCGCGGAAUACGCAUGAAGCACCGCGUAGCGCGCCGCCCGUCGUUGACCACGAACAGCCUCUACGGCCGCGUAGCGCGCUACGCACCGGAGCGCGCGCGCUACCUGGCGCCGUUCGCUACACACAUGCACUCGGUUGCAUUCAUUCGUUAUUUACAAUUAUAACUAUUCAUUACCUACAUCAAUUAAACAUUAAUAUUAUAAAUCUAGGUAUAAAAUUUUAGGUAAUAAUAAUAAACAAUCUUUUAAAAUGCUAUUAUUAUAUAAAUACGUUAUAAAUAUAAAUGUUUCCUGUUACAAAAAUAUUGAAAAUGAUACGAAAUAAAUCAAUAUUCUUUUUAAAGGUAAUUUAUUACUUAUGAGUAUGUAGUUAAUUGAAUAAUGGAUUGUUAGUCGGAGUGCGCUCGUCGCCGGGCGGCGCGCUCGCUUCGCGUUUUUGUUCGAGCCGACAUCGUCCGCUGAGUGCAGCCGCGCUGGGUGCUGGCUGUCCGCUCUCCGCGCCCGUGCCGCACCCCCGCAGGAGACGCGACCGCGAUUAAGUUGUUGAACGUUAGCUAGGAAAUUGAUAAUGAAAUCGAAGGUGUGAGUCUAUAGGACGGUCGGAAAAUCGAUAUCAUACCUAACAAAUUAACGUAAUUAUUUGUUUUAUAUUUACGGUGUUAUAGGUAUUUAAGACAUUUUUUCCUAGAAUAUUUAAUUAUUACGAUGAGAUGUUAUAAUUGUUAGGCCCGGGCCGGCGACGGAGCGGCGCGGCACUCCUCACCGCCGUCGGCCGUCUCAUUCACUCUCACAUCCUCACUAUAAUUAUAUUUUCUUACCGACCUUUUUAAUGUAGGAGAAGCGCACACGGCCGCUUGUCCCCGUGCGAUACGAGUACAAACAGUCAACUUAUAGUGAGAGUACAUUUCGCCGCGUUCGUGAGAAGCCAUCGGUUCGCCGCGUUUGCACCGAAACGAUAUGACUCUGACACACCGUGGAAUUUUCGCAAGGCUGGCAUCAGCGAAUUACACAGGCCGGCCUACGAUGCUGCGGACUCGCUAAUUCACUUUAUUUACUUAUUUACUCACAAGCCUUUCGACGAAACUCCUGCGGUGUGGCCGAAGCCAGUGAUGACAAUUACUAUUGUAAAUACAUAGUUAGCCGCAUGUGUAAAAAGACGUUAGUCGAUACCAUCUGAUCGAUAUUAGAUUCAUUCGAGCUGCAAUCAGGAUUAGCCGUCGAAGAUAUUAGUUUCAUUGUUAUUGUUAUGGUUUGUUGAUACGUUUUGGUGAGGUUGUUUUGUUAGUGUCACUUAGAGCCCCCCGCGGGGCUAGUUCGAGGCGCGGUGCGCCAGCUGCGCCGCUUGUCGACCAAGCGUCGACAGUCCACGUCCGCCGGCGCACCUCGUCGCUCCCUCUCGCUUGUUCGUAUACGCGUUAGUUGAUUUACUUCAGUCACCAU